UGAAAGUUCAAGUGUCCCAACUUUACGAGAUCACCGAUCUUUGAGCAUCAACUACAGCAUAGGCGGAAACUGGGGUUCCAUUUCAACAUGACUUGCACAUCGACAGCUACGGUUCAUGUGAAUAAAGCUCUACUUCGAACUUCUACUUGUCUGAACGUUGCAGGGCGACCAUUUGUUGCAAAAGCGCGAUGCAUCAGCUCUGUUCGGCAACGGGAGUAUGAACGCCCAUUGCGACCUACUGGCAAUCUUCGUAACUGCAAUCAGCCAUGUAAGGGAGGUUUCGAAGGGCUUGGCUCAAGUACAAAGCGAACAUUCCAUUCAACACCGUCGUCUUUGUCUCCAAAGCGUGACGCUUAUCAGGUUCUAGGAGUCAACAGAGACGCUUCAGCGAAUGAGAUCAAAAAAGCAUAUUACAAGCUUGCGCGCGAUUAUCAUCCUGACACGAGCAAAGAUCCGAACGCAAAGGAUAAGUUUAUCGAAAUACAAGAAGCGUACGAUAUCCUAUCUGAUGAUCAGAAACGAGCUAAUUAUGACCAAUUCGGCCAUUCUGCCUUCACAGGCGGUGAAGGACCCACGGGGGCCGGUGGAUUUGGCGGCGGUUUUGGCGGCUUCAAUGGAUUCGGAGGUGGUGCUGGAGGUGGUCCAUUUGGUGGCGGUGGCAGCUUUCACGGAAAUGCGCAAGACAUUUUUGAGCAGCUGUUCACUGGUGGUUUUGGCGGUAUGCCUGGCAUGGGCGGAAUGGGAGGUCGCGGUGGCUUUGAUGCGGUGGGCCGGAAUAUCAAGACUUCGAUGAAUGUUUCUUUCAUGGAUGCGGCCAAGGGGACAACGAAACCGAUAACAUUUACGAGCAUCGUAAAGUGCAAACCGUGUACUGGAUCUGGAAUGAAGGCAGGGCAUAAACCACAACGGUGUAACGUUUGUGGAGGUGCUGGUCAGGUGUCGUUUGUUCGAGGAGGAUUUCAUAUGGCGUCAACAUGUCAAGCGUGCGGCGGAACGGGUGUGCGCAUUCCUGCGGACGCGAAAUGUGGCACUUGCGAUGGUGUUGGUCGUGUUAAGGAGAAACGAACGGUGGAAGUUAAAGUCCCACCAGGAGUAUACGAUGGGUUGGAAUUGCGGCUGCCGCGUCAAGGAAAUGCCCCGCUGGAAGGUGACGGUCCAGAAGGGGAUCUCUUUGUGCGGUUGAAUGUGCAAAGCCAUCCAACAUUCAAACGUGACGGUGCGGACGUGCUUGUCAAUGCUGACGUACCUCUUGAGAAGGCUCUUUUGGGAGGAACGAUUCGGAUACCAACCAUCGACGGGGAAGUAGAGCUCCAAGUACCUCCAGGUACCCAGCCGAUGGAAAAGAAACGCCUCCGACGGCGGGGGGUACGAAAGAUUGACCGAAUGGGCGAUGAGCGGGGAGACCAAUGGGUCACUCUGAACGUGGCUUUGCCAAAGACUUUGACCGAGAAACAGAGAAAGCUAUUGGAGGAAGCGUUUGACGUCGAAGGCACUGGUAAGAAGGGAAACCCAGGAUCGUCGAACCCUGGACCAAAAGAUUCUGAAGAAGGAGACAAAAAUCCAGGCAAGGAAGAGACGGGAAAAGGAUUCUUCAGGGCAGCAUUUGAUAAGCUCAAAAAAGACCGCAAUGGCGACGAUAAGAAAAAAGGGGACAAAGAUGCAGCAUGAUAGAAUUUAGUACAUAGCAUAGCAUGGCAACUUCAAGCAUCAAUUCAUUUUUAACUUUUUUGUAUUACGAGGUCUCUUAUUUUUAUGGAAAACAUCCCGUCAACUAGAUACUGUUUAUCG